CGCUCAUGCAGUAAAAGCAGAACAUGAAACAGUGAAGUCUUUAAGCCCACCAUGCUCCUCUUCGACAAGAUCCACUGGAUUAGGCAGCUCCGCUGACGGCAAGCGUCCUUUAUCAGGCUCUCACAACCUCCUGCUCUCCUGCGCUGCCUUCAGCCUUUGACACCAACAUGAGGUUCAAGUUCUCGAUCCUGGCUCUUCUUCUGGAAGUGAUCAUCAUUGUUUUGUUCGGAAUAUUUGUGGAGUAUGACACCAGUGAUGUCUCCCAAACUUUAUACCCAUUCUUUCAGGAUGUCCAUGUGAUGAUAUUUGUUGGAUUUGGUUUCCUGAUGACCUUUCUGAAGAAAUAUGGAUUCAGCAGUGUUGGUAUCAACAUGCUCAUUGCUGCCUUCGGUCUACAGUGGGGAACCCUGAUGCAAGGAUUUUGGCACAUGGAAAGAGGGAAAAUUCAUGUUGAUAUCAAAAGCAUGAUAAAUGCAGACUUCAGUACAGCAACUGCUUUGAUUUCAUUUGGAGCAGUCCUGGGGAAAACAAGUCCUGUUCAGAUGCUGAUCUUGACAGUUCUGGAGAUCACAAUCUUCGCAUGCAAUGAACAUCUAGUUACAAAAACACUUCAGGCCACAGAUGUUGGAGCCUCAAUGACUAUCCAUGUUUUUGGAGCUUAUUUUGGUUUGGCCGUAACCCUAGUUUUGUAUCGUCCUGGUUUGAAAAACAAACAUGAAAAUGAAGAAUCUACCUAUCAUUCAGACAUAUUUGCCAUGAUUGGUACCCUGUUCCUUUGGCUUUUUUGGCCCAGUUUUAACUCUGCCAUUGCAUCUGAACCAAUUUACCAGACUAACGCAAUUGUCAACACUUACUAUUCCUUGGCUGCAUGUACUGUCGUAACAUUUGCCCUCUCCAGCCUGGUGGAUCAAAGAGGCAAAUUCAGUAUGGUUCUCAUUCAAAAUGCCACCCUGGCAGGAGGAGUAGCAGUGGGUACCUGUGCUGACCUGUCAAUCCACCCUUUUGCUGCCGUGUGCAUUGGGAGCAUUGCUGGAAUCAUCUCUGUCCUUGGGUACCACUUCCUGACUCCUUUGUUGGCAUCCAAGCUGAAUAUUCAAGACACUUGUGGAGUUCAUAAUUUACAUGGUUUACCUGGAAUACUGGGAGGUAUCGCUGGCAUCGUAGUAACUGCGGUAAAAGAGGAAGCUAGGCAAGGCGUCCGCUUGACUCCUGGCAUGCAGGCUGCUGCCCUGGGCAGUACAAUUGCAAUUGCACUGGCGGGCGGAGCAUUGACAGGUGGUAUUCUAAAGCUGCCCUUCUUGGGACAAGCACCUGACCAGAACUGCUUUGAUGACUCUGUUUAUUGGGAGGUUCCAGAAGAGGAGAAAUCACAUGAAAUUCACCCCAACAACUAUGAUGAGCACAGCAGAUUUGAAGCUACCAUGUAGAAAAAUAAUUCCUCUGUAGUAUUUGUCCUAAUGAUGCUCCUUUCAGUUUCUAAUGCUAAAAAACGACAUCCGAGUAUUGUCCUAACCACGCUGGGUUUUCAAGAAGGGGAUGUAGAUAGCUAUAUUUUUGUAAUAUAAAACAGGCUUGAUUUUAGAAUACACAGUCAUUAUGCCAAGCUCAGGUGAAUGAAUUAGAUCCUUCCAAUACAUUUGUUCAUCAGAAAAACCCACCACAAACUGCUCUACAAAAUUAUCUGUAUUUUAUCUUUUGUUGUCACUGAGUCAAUAUAGCUAUCGAAAUAACCUUUGUGUUUCAAGCCUAUUACAGGAUACCAUAUUUAACUGCAAGAUUUCUGAGUUACAGUCACACCCUUCAACUGUGUAGGGGUAAUCAAGAAGAAAUGGAUUGAUAUUGUUUAUUUGGAUCCUAACAAGCUUUUCACUGGAGCAUCCCAGAUUAACUUUUUAAGAAAGUGUGUUGUCCCAUUUUUGGAUGGGGGAGAAAAUGUGCUGUAUUUUGAAGAUUGGUUAUGACAGGAAAAAAAAUGUUGAAAUCAUUUUCAUGGCAAAGCACAGAAUACAGUGAUUGAUGAGGUACACUCAGUGGCAAUAUGAGCAUCAAGAUUCUUUGUUAAUAUGUUUAUUGAAAGGGAGAAGAAAGUGAAAUGGUGAAAAAAUUCAUUAUUGGCAUAGAUUUAUUUAGACUGUUUCAAGGACACAAUAAGGGAAUUGAGUAGGAGCUAUGAAAAACAGGUAAUUACAUAAUAUGUCUUAUUACGUCCAACAGUAAUAAAUGGAUAGUAGCACUGUUAAUGUCAAGAAUAUAAACUGAACUAAAUGCUAGCUCCAAGAAAAAGCGGGAGUUGUUAGGAACUGAUCAGAAAGCAACUAUGUUCAACCUACAGAAGACUCACUGGAGAACUCCUGUGUGGUGAGUCGCUACCUUUGAAGUCACUGCCUCCUAAAACAAGAGAAAGCAGAAAGAAGAAAAUUGAAGCUAAAUUAAGGUAAACUAACACCAUCCAAGAAGUGAUGAUAAUGGCUGCUUAAUUAAAAGAGACCAAAAUUGAGGUAUCUGAAGGAACUCUACGAGAUGACAGUAGCUGGGAGCAGAGUCACACAUCUGUGCCUACCUACACGGGGUAAUCCAUUGAGAGGCAAUGGAUGGGAGAGGAAAAUCUAACAGAAGGAUCACAGUGCCUCUAGGCAUUAUUCAGACACAGAAAGCUACCACUGAUGUCUCAGAAGGACAAGCGACAGUGGAUGAACUUUCAAGACUUUUUUAUAUCAGCAUCUUAUUUCAAGUCUUACUUAUCAGAUUUAAGGGGAGAACUCCUCUCAUAUAAAAUAGCACAGAAAUUUUUGGUUCUGCUGAUGUAUUUUUCCUUGAAAAACUUUAGAAAGAUACCAGGCAGGGCUGUCCCAUACGUUAUAUCAGCUGUAUACUGCUAUAUAUGUCAGAUUUCUCUCUAUGAAUGAAAAUACCUUUGUUGUAACACACUUUAGUUCAGAUAUGCUCUUUUGCAGAUGUGCAACGACUGACUCUUUUCUACCUUAUUGGCUUGGAGACAUCUUUUAUCCUUUCAAAGCUUUCACACAAUCAUUUUUGUAAAAACUGAGAAGGCAUUUAACAAUGUAAAUAAUGCAUAUGUAAAGAUCUUAGAAGUUUUGUGCAUAAUUUACAAAUGCAAAGUAUUGAAGUAUUUGAAAAAGACUCCAUAUGUAGACAGACUGUAAAAAUCUUAUCCUCAAUACAUGAAGCUCACCCCUCAAAAUCCUACGUGGGGAUUCAGAGGAUCUUUCUUUCACCUACAGCUGUGAGGUAACUGCACUGAUUGUGAGUGUUCACCACAAAGGAAUACCUGAGUGAGAAAGUACCACUUACUGUGAGUAAACCUUUCAGAAUGAUGCCUUCAAUAGUUAUCUUUAGCUCUUUAAAACAAAAGGGGAAAAAAUAAACGAUGCAGUUUUGUUCU